AUGCUUGCCUCUUCCCCCCUUCCCCCCACCCCCACCCUUUCCCCCCACCCUUUCACUCUUUUCCAUUUGCAGCUCAAGGCACAAAAACCAGCGUGGCAAACCGACUCCUCCUUCUCCCUCAAGGAGAAAAACACCUCCUCCAAUCCCACUACUGCUGCUGCUGCUGUUGCUGCUGUGCCAGCAGCAGCGCCUGCCACGCUAGCAGGCGUGCUGCUGCCCGCUCCUGCUCCCGCCACGUGGCGCGUCGCUACUGGUGGAGCGGGCGAGGAGGAGGAUGAGCUGGUGGACGAGGAUGAGCUGGUGGACGAGGAUUCGCUGCUCACAGCAGAGGAUCUGGUGGCGCCUGUGUCUCCUCCUCCUAGUGCUGCUGCAGGAAUGCCAUUUAGCAGUUCAGCACUUGCUGCUGAUCUGAGAGUGGAGGAUUUGAUGGCUCAUGUGCCCCCUCCUCCUAGUGCUGCUGCAUGUGUGGUGCUUUUGCUGCAGACUCUCUUCCCCUACUCUUUCAAUCUGUGGCGCUGCCACGACGCCAAGAAGGCGGGUGGAAAAGCUAAGAUGGCGGCAGCAGAAGAAGCAGGAGGGACAAAGGGCGCGCAGGGAAAGACCUGA